GUUAGUUGACGAAGAUUAAUUCACUGCUGCUAUAUUAUGGUAUAUUUUGGGGCAAUGAGUUGGCAGUUUGCUAGCUGUAUUCUCACAACUUCUUGCACUUUCAAGUCUAUAUAACUUGUCUUCUUGAUACAUAUAUGUAUACCAAUACCUGCCAUCGAUUUUCAUAAUGGGCACCUUAAUCUACCACACAUUAAUCUUCUUACUUUUGAUCUCUCUCACGCUCGCUCAAGUUCGCAUUCCUAUUACGAGACAAAGCCAUGCUCCAGAUCCUGCUCUCAACCGCCGUUUUUUUACCCGCGACUCGGUCUCUACAUCUCUUGCAAACGAUGCGACACAAGCAAGCUAUGUGAUCUCUGUCAAAGUCGGAAUCCCGCCUCAGGAUGUUGAUUUGACUAUUGAUACGGGGAGCACUGAUACCUGGGUGAUCCUCAAUACUGCUACUUCGUGUACUGGUGUUGGAAUACCAGAUAAUAACGGAUCUGCUCCAGUUCUAUGCAGGACUCCAUACAACUCAAGUGCUUCUUCGACCGUCGAAUUAAACAUUACGACCGACGAAUUUAAUAUUGCGUAUGUGGAUGGUGGUAUUGCUCAGGGACCUUACAUAGCCGACACUUUUGUGCUCGGUAAUGUCACCAUUGAGUCUCUCCAGAUAGGUCUCGCCAGCGACACAAACAUACAAAUGGGAAUACUUGGACUUGGCUAUUCUAUCGGCGAAGCCUCUAAUACAGUGUUUCCCAAUGUCAUUGACAAGCUAGUCUCCCAGAAUCUCAUCGGUUCCAGGGCUUAUAGUCUCUAUCUAGAUUCACAAGACUCAGCUACUGGGUCUCUUCUUUUUGGUGCAGUCGAUACCACCAAGUUUGUUGGCGAGCUGGUGAGCAUAGAUAUAGUGCCCCAACCGUUGUGGAAUGGCUCGAUUCUCUACUCGACAUUGUCAGUUGAGCUUGCUGCAGUGGGUAUCACAGAUCAAGAGGGCAAUGCCGCAAAUUUGACAACGUCUCCCCAAGUUGUACUUCUGGACUCUGGAACCUCGAUCACUAUAUUACCAGCCGAGGUGACGAAUGCCAUGUUUAAGGAACUCAACGCCUACGAUGAUACCAACUCCACUGGCAAUGUCUACCUCCCCUGUUCGUUGCUCAAUACUUCGUCCUCUUUGACAGUCGACUAUUCUUUCUCCUCCUCUUCCACCUCUGCUGUGAUUAGGGUUCCCAUAUCAGAACUCGUGUUUCCACUGACCAACCCGGUUUAUGCACUGUAUCCCGAGGAUACUCUCCCAGAUUUGCCAUUUAGUGGCGAAGCAUGUGCGUUUGGGAUACAAACGUCCAACGAUAUACAUAUACUUGGAGACACCUUUUUAAGAAGUGCAUAUGUGGUGUAUGAUUUGGACAACAAUCAAAUCGGACUCGCGCAGGCCAAUUUCGAGAGCAAUUCUGUGAGUGCCAGUUCAAGCGAUGGGGAUGGACAUGAGCAUAUUGUGGAGUUGAAAGCGGGAGAAUCCAUUCCGGCUUUGACGGGCGUUAGUGUGACGAGUUCGGCGGAACCUAGCCCUUCCAGUAGCGCUAGCAAGACUGUGAAUUCUCUUGCUGCCACGGCAACGGCCGCAGCGACGAGGAAGUCUGGUGACGCUAUAUCGACGAUGGGGAAUGUAGAUUUCAGAAUUCUCGGUUUCUUUGUACUAGGAGGAAUCUUUUUAAAUGGAGCAAUCGUCGCGUGAUCAUUUCGGGUUACAUGGUCCUGAUGAGACAGGGAGGAUGCAACAAGGAAGAGGAAUUUUCUUUUCUUACUGAGGAGUAAUCAGAGGAUAUAAUAGACAUAAUGAGUGUAUCAUCUAUGCAUUCACAAAUACAGAAAUCCAUCUCUUUGCAAAGUAAUCUAGAAACAAUAAAUAAUAAGCAUCACUACCUAUAUAUAGUAAUACCAGCGUCA